AUGUCAUCCCUUCCUCCAGCAAAGAAGCAAAAGCAGUCCAACUCCACCACGUCUCCCUCGACAAACAAAGAGGUGCCAGCGCCUCAGACGCCGCUGGCACCGAAGCCCCAUGCCGACCAACUUCAGCCUCCGUCAUCCCCACCAAAUCCUCGCAAGCGACGGGCAUCCCAUAGUCCCAAGCUGAAUACUCUGCCUCCAGGGGCCGCCUUGCCAUCAGAAUCAACAUCGAAUAACGUCUCGAUACCGGCUCUGCUCACGGAAGAAACAAGCAAGAAACGUGGCCGAACCAACACGCCGUGGACUGCCCAGGAGGAACAGCGACUGAAGCAGAUGCGGGAUGCGAGCCAUAGCUGGAGCGAAAUUGCCAAGGCUUUCCCCGCCCGCACCGAAGGCAGCGUGAAGAAGCAUUGGUAUAAGGACAUGCACUACGCAGAAUUUGCAGAAGAUGAAUCGGCAGCGCUACGUGAAGCUAUCAAAGAAUACGAAGCCAACAAGUGGAAAGCUAUUGGGCAGAAGCUGGGAAAGCCGGCCAAGGCAUGCGAGCAGUAUGCUAAGGAGCAUUUCAAAAAUGGUUGA